CAGUUUAGCUCUUCACGUUUACAGUGCGGCAGAAGCUGUUCUAGAAAGCGAUCUCGUGUUGGAUCAGAGUUGUUGGAAAUUAGUUAGGAUCGCUUGUUGGUUGGCCAUGUAUUAUGAACAUCUACGAACAGCAGAAUUCUUGACAAAAAGAAGACUGGAAGUUGUGGAAACCAAGUCAAGUAAUGAGACGCAGUUUCAAGACUCUCGACUAUUGAAUGAAUGUCUUCUAGACUUGGGUUACGUUUACGAAAAGUUGGCUAAACCCGAGAUAGCGCUUACGUAUUCGACGCGGUCUCUGGAGUCUAUGGAAAACAGUAAAGAGAAUGAUUCCUUCAGUGAUUUAAUAAGAAAUGCUCGACACAACGUGGCAAGCUGUCGACGCAUGUUGGCUCAGUUUUCUCUGGCUGAAGAGGUUCUUCUUUCUCAACUCAAAUUUGAUGAAAGUCAGGGAGACAAAAGAAAGAUAUCGCGAUCUCUCAAUGAUUUGGCCUUGGUAUAUGAAGUGUGGGGAGAAUUGGACAGAGCAAUCGAAAUGUUUCAAAAGUCGCUGAAUCUGAAAGAAGAGCUGAACGAGACUCAUUCGUUGGGUUAUUCUAUAACGCUUACAAAUCUUGGCAGCUGCUAUUUGUCAAUCGGACGGUUAGCAGAAGCUCGGGAUUUGUAUGAAAAGGCUAUGAAGAUUGGUCAAAGCAUAUUACCGUUGAAACCUCAUACGUUGGCAUUAGCAAUGAGACGACUAGCAUUCUGCUAUUGCAUGCAAGGCGAUGUAGACGGUACAAAGUUGGCUCAAGACGCUCUAGACAUGAUUACUCUUCCGCGCAACCAUAUUUUCUUUGCUGGGUGUUUUACUACAAUCGCCGAAUGCUGCCUUGUCUCGAACAACAGCACUUGUUCUAUCGAUUUUUAUGAGAAAGCUGCGGAAUUGUUUCGAGGAACCGACAAUUUAGAGCCACUCUUAAAUAUUGUAAUUGCAAGGAGGAAUCUCGCUGUUGCUCUCAGUAAAGAUGGAAAGAAAGACGAAGUUAGAGAAUUAUUGAGAGAAUCUCUAACUGUCGCGAAGAAGAAAUUUCCAGAGGGUCAUCCAAUUAUUGUUCACACUGCAGUCGACCUCGCCGUUUGUCUGGCCGAGACAGGAAACUACGAAAAUGCCACCCAUCUUCUCACGAAGUCUUUGCUCAUGCUGCAUGACAACGAGCCAACAAGCAAAGUCACUGCAAAAGCUAGAUACUGGCUGGCCUACAGUCAGAAUAAAUCGAACGAAGCAUUGGUGAAUGGUAGUACAUGAUACGACUGCGCAGUGAACAUUCCUCUUGGACACAUUAGGAUCACUGAAACUUUAGAGAUACUAGCCUUAGUACGUGAAAUUUUCAAGGUCAAGCAAGACGAUAUAUGUAUAUGGCCACUGAUGUGUGGUGUUUUCGAUUUACGGACUUCCUUUAUUUUCUAGCUAACUAGUGUGCGUGUUUUGCGACAGUUCACGUGAUGAAGAGAUCGACCUUGUAGUAGAGUCAGUCUAUUUGUUAGCGCAGUACACAUAUUACUUAAAGU